UUGUGAUCUUCAUCUUCAGGGCUAUAAGGCCUUAUGGGUCACAAAUAGAGUUUGGCCUUUAACUUCAAUCUGAACCCAAGGCAGCUAGCUAAGCAUAAGCAACACGAGUUGUAAAACGCGGGAACGCAAAAGCGCGCGGGAGGAAAUGCUGCUGAGUACCAGUAACCUACAGUUUUCUCGGUGGACUUUCUUCAAACACCUUACGCCACGGAAAUUCAAAUUAGCUCCACCACUCUGUCAGCACAAAUCCGUAGCCACUCUCUCUCACUUCGGAAUCCUAACCUCCCGCCAGAAAGACCAGAUUCAUCUCUACGUCGAAACUCUUCUUCAAUGGAACAAGCGCAUGAAUCUCACCGCUGUUAGAGAGGUAAAUGAAGUGAUGGAGAGGCACGUGGAGGAUUCCCUCGCGAUUUUGCCUCCGCUCAGCGACUGUUACCGCUCGCACUGCAGCGCUUCGUGCGAUAAGCUGAGUCUCGUCGAUGUCGGAACCGGCGCUGGCCUUCCCGGAGUAGUUCUGGCCAUAGCUCGCCCUGAGUGGGAUGUAACGCUGAUGGAGUCUAUGAACAAGCGGUGCGUCUUCUUGGAGCACGUUGUCGGUGUUAUCGGUUCCUCAAACAUUAAAAUUGUAAGAGGAAGAGCAGAGAGUUUAGGGCAGAAUCCUUGCUUCAGAGAGCAAUUUGACAUAGCAGUGGCCAGGGCGGUUGCUGAAAUGAGAAUAUUAGCUGAAUAUUGUCUUCCUUUGGUUCGUGUCGGUGGGUUGUUUAUUGCUGCCAAGGGUCAUGAUCCUGAGGAUGAAAUUAAGAAAGCUGAAAGUGCCAUCCAGAAGGUGGGUGCAUCUCUAUUGCAAGUAUGCUCAGUGGAAUCGCAAAGUCCAUAUGGUCAACGAACUGCUGUCGUAUGUUCAAAGGAUCGUCCUACCCCAAUGAAAUAUCCCCGUGAUCCAGGUACACCAGCUAAAGAGCCAUUAUAACCAAGUUGAUGCUAAUUGUGUUGGCUGCUUUUAUUUUAUUUAUUUUUUCUUGCCAUUCCUAUCACUAUUCUUGAACCAACUUGAAACAUUUUGCUACCAAGAGAGGCCAGCUGUGUACAACAAUGUAAUGUGCGCCAGUGUUUAGGUUUUUAGUUCAUAUUAAGCUUUGAUAAUUUCUACUGAUUCGACAUUAUUCGGAAUUUAUCUUUCUAUGAUGCCACUUUGCCUGCA